AUGGAGGAUAUUGUAUCACAGUUCUUUUCCCGUUUCGUGCUCACGGGGGUUGAGCAACGAGAGGUCAUUUUGGAUUCUAGCUUUAAUCAAGAGAUAAAGUCAUCAAAGUUCAUUCUUGUGGGCAAGCUUCUUAAUGAUAGAUAUUUCAAUAAGGAAGCGGCGAGGGCUAUGAUUUUGCAAGGAGGACCCUGGCUCUUCAAUGGUUACCUGUUAGCUCUGACAAAGGCAAACCCUCUCAUUACUAACCCAUCCUUGAUUCCAAUAUCCAUUCAGGAAUUCUGGAUUCAGGUUAAGGGGCUUCCAUUAGCUUAUAUCACUAGUCAUUCCUCACCUAUCAUUGGACGAGAGCUUGGAGGCUAUGUUGUCAUGGAUCAGAGUAAAAAAAGUGAAUGCUUUGGAAAUUUUCUUAGGAUUCAAGCAGUGGUGGAUAUCACCAAACCCCUCCAGAGUCGCAUAUCUUUGCAUUUAGAUGGCAUUCUGUUGGAGGUUGCAAUUUGGCAUGAAAAACUUCCUAUUACUUGUUAUCGGUGUGGAGUUAUUAGCCAUACUGAGUUGUCAUGUCAUGAUGGACCAAGUCCAGGGACCGAUGAUUUAGUGAAACCAUACGGAAAGUGGUUUCAACUUGAUGUCUUUAGUGCCGAUUAUAGAAGGCCCCCCGAUUGGCGUUUCGAACUUCCCUCAAGCAACGGUUGGUCCAUGCUCCACCGGAAAUGGAUAUGGCGAUGGACGACCAAGAUGGAAACGACGCUGAUAUCGACAACUUGCUUUUGA